AUGUUGGUAGGAUUUCUCCUAGUUUGUGCAACAGUGCUGGCAAAGGACAGCGGGAAGGACACAUGCUUCCCGGGAUACACCCUCAACCCCACCACGAAGAAGUGCGACAGGAACUCCGCGCCGUGCGAGGUCGAGGGCUGUGAUGUCUGCGAGGAAAGCAACCCCCAGCAGUGCAAGACGUGCGGCUCAGGCUACACCCUCAACCCCACCACGAAGAAGUGCGACAGGAACUCCGCGCCGUGCGAGGUCGAGGGCUGUGAUGUCUGCGAGGAAAGCAACCCCCAGCAGUGCAAGACGUGCGGCUCAGGCUACACCCUCAACCCCACCACGAAGAAGUGCGACAGGAACUCCGCGCCGUGCGAGGUCGAGGGCUGUGAUGUCUGCGAGGAAAGCAACCCCCAGCAGUGCAAGACGUGCGGCUCAGGCUACACCCUCAACCCCACCACGAAGAAGUGCGACAGGAACUCCGCGCCGUGCGAGGUCGAGGGCUGUGAUGUCUGCGAGGAAAGCAACCCCCAGCAGUGCAAGACGUGCGGCUCAGGCUACACCCUCAACCCCACCACGAAGAAGUGCGACAGGAACUCCGCGCCGUGCGAGGUCGAGGGCUGUGAUGUCUGCGAGGAAAGCAACCCCCAGCAGUGCAAGACGUGCGGCUCAGGCUACACCCUCAACCCCACCACGAAGAAGUGCGACAGGAACUCCGCGCCGUGCGAGGUCGAGGGCUGUGAUGUCUGCGAGGAAAGCAACCCCCAGCAGUGCAAGACGUGCGGCUCAGGCUACACCCUCAACCCCACCACGAAGAAGUGCGACAGGAACUCCGCGCCGUGCGAUACUCCCAACUGCAAGGCCUGCGACAACCCCAAAACAGACAACGAAAUCUGCACUGAAUGUAAUGAUAACAAUUAUCUCACUCCAACCAGUCAGUGCGUAUCUGACUGCACGACCCUCAAGGGCUACUACGGAGACGAUAGUGGCAAAAAGACAUGCAAGAGGUGCAACGAUGCGUGCGCAGAGUGUAAGGGUGAGGGUGCUGAUAAGUGUACGGCCUGCCCUGCUGGGAAGAUGCUUCAGUAUACAGAUGCUGAUACUCCUGCCAAUGGGGGCACGUGCAUGAACCAGUGCAGCGUGAGCCCUGCAAACGAUGGAUGCGCAGAGUGUGGGGCCCAAAUAGGAGGAACUGCAUAUUGCUCAAAGUGCAAGAACACUCAACAGGCACCACUGGAUGGCAACUGUGCGGCCAAUACGCGAACACGAUUUUGCACUACGGUGAGUAAUGGAGCAUGCACUCAAUGUGAAAAUAACUACUUCCUCAAAGAUGGCGGUUGCUAUCAAACAAAUAGACAGCCUGGUAAACAAGUGUGCACCCAAGCUAACGGAGGAAAGUGUCAGACAUGUGCCAAUGGCUUAGCAGCAACUGAUGGCAACUGUGCAGAAUGUCAUCCUACUUGUGCUACGUGCUCGACUGCAGGUACGGCUGACAAGUGUAAGACCUGUGCCACUGGGUAUUACAAGGAAAACGGUAGCGAUACCACUACUGGGUUAUGCAAGAAGUGCUCAGAGAAGAUCUCUGGAUGCAAGCAAUGUGUGUCAUCAUCUGGCAGUUCAGUCAUAUGUUUAGAAUCAGAAGUAGGCACUGGUGGAAGCGUCAACAAGAGCGGCCUCUCCACGGGGGCCAUCGCGGGGAUCUCCGUUGCUGUGAUUGUUGUCGUCGGAGGGCUUGUCGGAUUCCUUUGCUGGUGGUUCCUCUGCCGCGGGAAGGCGUAG